UCGUGUGUAAACAGCUGAUUACUUAUCACUAAUUGAGUUGUCAGUUAGCCUAUUUAAUUCGCAACAAGUGCAGUUUAAUAACUAUUAGUUAGAAAAAUGUUGAGAGUAUUAUAUACAUCGUUAGCGAGGAGCUCAAAUUUAGCCGCUGCUGCGACGACUUCACUGCAUGGUGCCAGCAAUCGGAAGCAAAGUACAAUCAUUAAGCAGUGUGAUGGUGUACGGGAGAUCAUCUUAAAUGAUCCCAGAGCACGUAACACACUUUCCCGUGAGGUAAUGUCAUCCAUCUUGGAGGGCAUUACGAAGAAUGCACAUGACGAGGAGCUGCGCUGCAUUGUGAUUAGUUCAACCGGUCCGGUAUGGUCGGCGGGCCAUAAUUUGAAGGAAAUUUCAGCCGCUACUGAUGGUGGCUGUGAGAUAUUUAGCCAACUUGUGGAAAUUAUUAUGAACAUCUACAAAGCACCUGUACCGAUAAUAGCGAAAGUAAAUGGUAUGGCUACUGCUGCUGGCUUGCAGUUGGCCGCCUCUUGUGACAUGGUUGUGGCAUCAGAUAAAGCAAGUUUUGCUGCUUCAGGCGUUAACUUGGGCAUAUUUUGCACUACACCAGGUAUUGCGAUAUCACGAGUUAUGCCGCGUAUGAAGUCUUCUUACCUGUUGUUCACUGGUUUCCCCAUUAACGCACAGGAUGCUUUGGCAGCGGGGUUGGCUAGUGUUGUGGUGCCCGAGGCGCAAUUGGAUGCCGAGACUGAUAAGAUAACAAAAUCCAUAAAAGAAAAGAGUCGCGCUAUAAUUGCGAUGGGCAAGGUAUUCUACUACAAACAGUUGGAAAUGGGCAUCAAGGAUGCCUACGAACAAGGCACAGAUGUAAUGGUUGAGAACAUUCGCAUGGACGAUGCGCAGGAAGGUUUGAAGAGUUUCGCUGAGAAACGCAAGCCUAACUGGUCAAAGAAGUAAACAUAUGGCUGUUGAUAGGCCUCCAACUGUACUUAAGAAAGGAAAUCGAAGCUAAACUACUUUUGGUCUUAAAACUAACUCACUGGCAAGGUGCACUAUUCAUGAACCGGCUUGCGCAAGAAGAUGCAUUUAUUUUUUAUAUAUGAAGAUGUUUUUGAAAUAUACUUACUUGGCAUAUUUCUGUGGCGUUUCAUUUAAACGCUAUUUACAGCUAAUAUCCGCAGUUGUACAUAUCAUAUAU